AUGUUGCUUACUGCUAGUAAUGCAUUUAAAGAAUGGCUAGAUGUUAACAGUCGCUACCCUUACAAUGAGUUGAGGAAAACCAGGCAGACUUAUAAGCUCAAGUAUGUUUUGCUAGAGGAUCAAACAGACAGGGAAGAUCCCAAAACCCAGUACUAUCUUGUGAAGACCAGAUACCUGUCCAGUGGCAUCCUGGAGCAACUCAUCAUGGAAGGGAAUGCGCUGCCAAUGACUCCUGAUCAGACUUGGCUCUUGGAUGAGAUGUUUGUGUGGGGUGUCAGGCACAGCAAUGAAUGGUACAGUGAAGUUCUUGCUGAGCUUGCAUGGGAAGUGUAUGAGCAUGAACCUGUUACAAGGAAAGAGAUGUGCAGAGAGGCAAUCAAACCACUUAUGAGAGGUGCACUUCACCAGCAAGGUAUUGGUGGAGACCAUAUUGAAGUGAAGGCAUUGUUACUUACAGAGUGGGAAGAGUGGUUUGAUACAGAGUGUUGGAGCCAGCACAAGCACAACCUGAGUGGUAUGACAAUCAGUAGUGAGCAGUACAUUAUCAACAGAGCUGCAUUCACUCUUCAUCAUGGUGGCUACUCUUACCCAAUGCACCUUGACUGA